AUGCGCCUUCGUUCCGAGAAACGUCGCCAAAUUCGCCAGGCAAAAAAGGAAAAAAUCGCCAAAAUUCGAGAGGAGAAAAAACGAAAUCGAGAAGUUGGCGAAGAAAAAUGGACAAACAAAAACGAAAAUAUAUUGAUUGCGGAUCAUCGAAAAAAUCAACGGAGUUUUUAUAAGGAAAAUGUGAGGUGAGAGAUUUGAAAAAUGUUUUUCAAAAAAAUGUUUCUAGAAUUUUCAAUCAGUGAAUUUUACUUUUAAUAGUUUUGAAUUUUAAUAGUAUUGAUUCACACAAAAAUUCAAAAACUUGAUGAAUUUUUGAAACAGUAAAAAAAUUACCACAUUUUUCUUUGAAUCAGGUAAAUGUGAGGUGAGUAGGGAUUUUGGCAUAUAGAAAAAUACAAUCAAUGUUUAAAAUUUUUUUACAAAAAUGUUAUUAGAAUUUUGAAAUAGUUAAUAUUUUCUGUUUAUUAAACACAUUUUUAUUUUGAAGUUUUUUGAGUUGAAUAACUCGGAUCUCUAAUAUCUAGAACAUCUAGAAGACAAGAAUAGAAUAGAAAAUAUUAUAAUUUUUGUCAUAGAGCAAUUUUCAAAAUUUUUCUCGCAUGCAAAUCAAUAGUCUCAAUAUGAAAAAAUGCAACUUUCAUUAAAACUCAACAUAAAUUUUCUAAACAAAUUUGAAACAGUAAUUUUUUGGAAUCAAAAUUGUGUUUAAUCCCAUUUAUUUCCAGAAAAGAUUGUCAAAAAUUGCUGGAUCUUCUGAAAGUCGACGAAAUCGAGAAACAAAAUCGUCAAAAAAUUCUGAAAAACGAAAUCGAUCAAGAAGUUCAAGAUAUUUUCAAUUUUAUAAAUGAGGUAAUGAUUUUGACGCUAAUUUUUAACGCCCAUUUUAAUUACAGUAUACUUAACUACGGUACUUACAGUAAUCUUGGUUUUGUUGCAGACUUGUCAAUAUUAUGAUGAAAUACAUCAACAAAUAAGUCCGCCUGAAGAGAAAAAUGUGGAAGAAAUUAUAAAAGAACUGGAAAAUGAGCUGCGAAAAAACUUUGAAAUAUUCCAAAAAUCCUAUCAUUUUCAUCCGGAAAACUUUGCUGAAACUGAAAUUCGAGAAGCUGAAAAUUUGAAGGCAAAAGAUAAAACAUUUCAAAAAGAUAAACUGAAACUGGAAUUGGAAAUUGAAGUUUGCAAAACAAAAUCGGAGGAACUUGUCAAAAAUAUAUCAGUCGAAAAAAAUGAAAUUGAGCUGGAAAAUGUGCGAUUUUCAGCGAUGAAAAAAGAGAAAUUGGCUGAAAAUCUAGCGAAAUCCAAAAAAAUCUGGAAAAUUCGAGAGAAAUUGAACUUUUUACGAGAAGAUCCGAUUGAAUUUGGAGAAAUUAUUGAUAUUGAAAAUCAGAUUUCGAAAUUGGAAAAGGAAAAAACAAAGAUUGAUGGGAUUUUGGAAGAAUUGGCGGGAAUUUUGAAAAAUGUUGUGAAGAUUUGA